GAGGUCCUGAAGCACCUCCAGGGCAAGCUGGAGCAGGAGGCCCGAGUCAUGGUGUCCUCGGGGCAGACGGAGGUGCUGGACCAGCUCAAAGCCCUGCAGAUGGACAUCACCAGCCUCUACAACCUCAAGUUCGCCCCGGAGGUGAUGAGCACGGGGCGCGGCGCCGAGGAGAGCCCGCCGGCCCCCGCCUCGCACCGGGACGGCCCCGGGGAGCUGGGCAGGGCCACCUUCCGCAUGCUGGAGGAGCUGGACCGCGAGAGGUGUUUCCUGCUGGGGGAGAUCGAGAAGGAGGAGAAGGAGAAGGUCUGGUACUACUCGCAGCUGCAGAGCCUGGCCACGCGGCUGGACGAGCUGCCCCACGUGGAGACGUUCUCCAUGCAGAUGGAUCUGAUCCGGCAGCAGCUGCAGUUCGAGGCGCAGCACAUCCGCUCGCUGAUGGAGGAACGCUUCGGGACGGCCGAUGAGAUGGUGCAGCGGGCUCAGAUCCGGGCAUCCCGGCUGGAGCAGAUCGACAAGGAGCUGAUGGAGGCGCAGGACAAGGCGCAGCAGCCGGAGCCGCAGGUAGCGGGGCCGGGGUGUCCCU